AUGGCUGGGUGCUCCCGAGGCAUCAUCGGCAGCGUGCACAAACCGGGCUCGCAGGCGCUCCUGGCCAGCGUCUGCUGCCCGGCAGAGUGCAAUCGGUGCGGCGGCGUCAACUGCUGGCAGCAGCCGGGCGGCAUCGACUGCUGCGCGCGGCACCUGUACGACUCUGGCGUGCGGUGCAGCGACAGCGAGAUGACCUCGUGCAUCCUGCCCAAGGCGCCCUCGGAGCAGGAGCCUCCUGCCGUCGAUCGCCAGCGAGGCUGCCACGACGAGUGGGCCGUCGCUUUUCCGCGCGAGGCUGGAGACUGGCAGGCGCGCUCCUGCCGCUAUAAGGUGGAGUGGAAGCAAUGCGGCCAGUUCUACUCGCACUGCCAGUGCUCCUGCGGCUACUGCCAGCCGCUCAAGGGAGGCCGCGCGGCGUCGCAGGUUGGCGGCUCGGAGGCCGAGCGCGAGGCGGAGGCGGCGCUCCUCGAGCUCGAGAUCGGGCCGGAGGACUCGGUCUCGGUGGCGUGCAUGCAGAGGGAUGGCGACGGGGGGGCGGAGAGCGAGGAGAGGCAGGAGACGCCCGUCGUGCUCGAGGCUGCGGACGGGACGCGUCACGAGAUGGCGGCAGACUUGGACGGGGUGUUGCCGCCGCGGGCGCUGCGGCUGCACGCGCGGCUGCUCAACGGCGGCUCUGUGCCGCUGACCACCGACGCGGCCGGGCUCGAGCUCGCGCGCGGAGCGGCCUCUCUCGUCGUGCGGCAGGAGAUGGCGACGCCGUCGCUUCCGUGUACGCUGGCGGACGUCGGCGCAUCAGGCCUCUCGGGCUGGCGAGACCGACCGGCAGAGGCGCCAAUCGAGGACCUCUAG